AAGAGUGAAAGAAAGGUCUCCCAGUGGCUCAUGGGUAGUCAUUUGACUGACAGCACUGGCACUCUCUCAGGAGGCUCCAUCCUGCCUGGCCCUAGCCAGUGAGAGCUUCCGAAAGGCGGGACCUGGCUGAGAUGACUUUGGGCCUGCAGUAGCCCUGAGGAACCUGGAGAGGGCGACCAAGGUGGUGGACUGUGGACUUGGAGAGCUGCCAUCAGGCCUUCCUGGUGUGGUGUGACUUGAGGCAUCUUCUCCCCUCAAAGGACUGGGCUACUACCCCCAAAGCCACCAUCAUGAACUUUGUUCAAUUCUUGAUGAAAAGGAAAGAACUUAUUCCUUUGAUUGCAUUUGUGAGUAUGGCAGGAUGUGGAGCAGUUGGCAUAUCCUUUUAUACCCUUGCCAAACCCGAUGUGAUUCUUAACAGGAGACAAAAUCCAGAACCAUGGGAAAAUGUAAAUCCUAACCAUCCUCAAAAGCUUAUCACAAUUAAUCAAAAGUGGAAGCCUAUUGAAGAACUGCAGAAGGUCAGAAAGCUGACUAAGUGAAAAGUCUCUUCCUGCAAAGUGCACUCUAGGUAUCUAGUGGAAACAUCUCUGCACAAACUAGACUACUAAAACCAGUGUGUAGAAGGGCUUCUGCUACAUUUUUAGGGUCUUCCUCCACUUGGGGACUCAAUGAGGAAUUCCAGUUUGCCCUAAAAGUGACAAGUUCAACAUGGUCCACAAAUAAAUUUUUCACAUUUGGUGUCUUGUUAUAAAGUUGAAUUUUAUAUUAUAUAUGUAGUUCUUUAGAGUAUUCAUGAGAAAGUAUUGUUGCAUGCAUUUGUAACUAUGUAUUCUUUUAUUAAACUGAUUUUUUUUUGGGUAAAUGUAUAGUGAU